AUGGAAGGAUUUAAAGGAAUGGUUGGCAGUCUCAUUACAAGAGCGGCAGAUGGAUGUAACGUUCGGAUUGAAAUGACAAUUCCAACUGCCAGAUUUGAUCCAAUUAUUGGCGAGAUGGUGGCCAAAAUAAAACAGUUCGAGGGACAAGCCGGUUGUAAAGUGGAAAUCACAUACGAAAUUACAGGACAUGUACAUCUCAUUGUUCAUACCGAGAAGGUCGUUGCCAAUACUCCAUGGACGCCUGUGCCUCCACUCAGUGUUGGUGUUUCACGAAAUGACAGUAAUUUUAACGGGCAGUAUAGUACUAAUUUCUGGAAUGCACACGCCCAAAAAGCCGAUGCUGGCAUCACGUGGACAAAUCAUGCAGGACAAUACUACCCUAAUUACUCUCUGAACUCUCAAAGUUCCUAUGCUAGUCUACAAAAUUACAGUAAUUUCCACACGAACCUGUCUGCUUGUUCUCCACAAAUGGCUAGAAGCUACGGAUCUAUGGAACACCAUGAACACGCGACGUUAAACCAGGCGCAGAUGGUGCAAAACGCUGCACUCAGUGGAGCAGCUGCAUCAGUGUUUCCGUCACACGCGGCUAUUACAGCACAGCGCACGUCUUCAGAGGCAUAUGCUCCCACUUCUCCCGGAAGUCCCGACCGGCUCAGAUACUCUGCCUAUUCACAUCCACAAACACGAGUUUUCUCUGAGCAGGACAAUUUCAGUCACAGCAACUACAAUGGCUGA